AUGGGAGACCAAAGAGACUAUGUCCACAGCCAUGGUUUUAUGGCUAGGAACUUUGAAUGGAUGACGGACCGGCUCCGGAGGGUCGAGACUGCUGUCAACACAUCAACGUUUGGCCGAGUUUUUCGACUCGGUGGGUGUGGCCAUCCUCAAGAGAUCGAGGAUGCCAGCUUCUAUACCGAGAUUCGUGCGGGUCUCACGACCUUCGCGACGAUGGCAUACAUCAUUGCUGUCAAUGCAGACAUAUUGUCGGAAACGGGCGGCACGUGCAAAUGCGAACCAGUAUUUGACCAACCCGAUAUCUGUGCGAAUGAGUUAGAGUACCAGUUAUGCGCGAACGUUGUCAAACGAGACCUGAUCACCGCCACCGCGGCUUUGUCGGGGCUCGCCAGCAUUCUCUUCGGGUUUUUCACAAACCUGCCCGUAGCAUUGGCUCCAGGUAUGGGGCUCAAUGCCUACUUCGCCUACCAGGUCGUCGGAAUACGGGGCAAGGGCCCUGUUCCAUACUCACUAGCCUUGACGGCAGUCUUCGUGGAGGGCUUCAUCUUCAUCAUACUGGCUCUCACGGGUAUGCGACAUUGGCUCGUCAAGAUCAUCCCAGCAACGAUCAAGACCGCGAGUGGCGUAGGUAUUGGGCUGUUCCUCACCAUGGUCGGCAUGUCAUACGCCGAAGGCAUUGGCAUAAUCACCGGCAACCCCAAGACCCCCCUGGCCAUUGCUGGCUGUGACGCCGCAUAUCUCGACCUGAAGACGGGCGCUUGUAUGAGCCACCUCAUGACGAGCUCCAAGAUGUGGCUGGGGAUCAUGUGCGGCGGGCUCCUGACGGCCUUCCUGAUGGCCUUCCGGGUCAAGGCGGCUAUCAUCAUCGGCGUGGCUCUCGUCUCGAUCCUGUCGUGGCCUCGGAGCACCCCUUUCACCUACUUCCCCAACACGGAGGAGGGAAAUGAGCGCUUUGAUUUCUUCAAAAAGGUGGUCACAUUCCACCCCAUCACCCAUACUCUCAACGCCCAGCAGUGGGAUCUGUCCGGAAACUAUGGUGCCAGCUUCGCUCUUGCGCUGUUCACGUUCCUGUAUGUCGAUAUUAUCGACUGCACGGCGACGCUGUACUCCAUGGCGCGAUUCUGCAACAAGACGCGCAAGGGCGAUGGGGACUUUCCCCGGUCCACGGUUGCUUACUGCACUGAUGCUGCAUGUAUCUCAAUCGGGUCGCUUCUGGGCUGCUCACCAGUCACGGCCUUUAUUGAGAGCGGAGCCGGCAUUGCAGAAGGGGGAAGGACAGGACUCACGGCUAUCGUGACUGGGCUUUGCUUCCUGGUCUCUGUCUUUUUCGCCCCCAUAUUUGCUUCGAUACCCCCUUGGGCCACAGGAUGCACCCUGAUUCUGGUCGGCUGCUUGAUGAUCCGCCAGGUGACCGCGGUCAACUGGCGUUACGUCGGCGACGCCAUACCGUCCUUCGUGACGAUCGCCUUCAUCCCAUUUAGCUACAGCGUCGCGUACGGACUCAUAGCCGGCCUCUUCGUGUAUACCGCCCUCAACGGCAUGAUCUGGGCGAUUAUGACCUUGAGCCGCGGGGGGCUCGAGCCCAAAGACUACCAGUACAAAGAAUACUGGACCUGGAAGCCAGCCGGUGAGAAGCCGUGGAUCGUGCGCGUCUUCAGCAAGGGGAAGUUCUGGGAGGACGAGCGCAAGCGCCAAGGGCGCGACGGCGCCGGUGUCGACGGCGCCGCGAAGCACCACGACGAGCUCACCAUGUCCGAGGGCGACAACGACAGCACGCGCACCUCUCACGUCGGCACGUCGUUUGCUGCAUCAACUCAUAGGGCGUCGGCGGUUCCAUCUGGCGGGCACCGCCGUGAGGGGAGUGCCGGGGAGGCACACGAGAUGGACGUUGUUGUGCCACCUCAGGGGGCUGCUUUGUCCCGCUCGUAG